AGCGAGGCCGCAGCCAUGGAACCCGCGCAGCAGCCGCUGCCCCAGCCGGCCCCGCAAGGCCCCGAGGCGCCGUCUGCGCCCGCGCCCCCGGCCAGCCACCAAGUCGUGCAUGUCCGCGGAGACUCGGAGACCGACCUGGAGGCGCUCUUCAACGCCAUCAUGAACCCCAAGACGGCCAACGUGCCGCAGACCGUGCCCAUGCGGCUGCGCAAACUGCCCGACUCAUUCUUCAAGCCGCCCGAGCCCAAGUCCCACUCGCGGCAGGCCAGCACCGAUGCAGGCACUGCAGCGGCUCUGACCCCGCAGCACGUUCGUGCUCACUCCUCCCCUGCAUCCCUGCAGCUGGGCGCCUUGUCUCCUGGGACUCUGUCCCCUGCUGUGGUCUCUGGCCCAGGCGCCACCCCUGCAGCCCAGCAUCUCCGCCAGUCUUCCUUUGAGAUCCCUGACGAUGUACCGCUGCCCGCAGGCUGGGAGAUGGCCAAGAUGUCUUCGGGUCAGGGUCAGAGGUACUUCUUAAACCACAUCGACCAGACAACAACAUGGCAGGACCCCAGGAAGGCCAUGCUCUCCCAACUCAACGUCCCUACGCCUGCCAGCACAGCGGUGCCUCAGACCCUGAUGAACUCUGCCUCAGGACCUCUUCCUGAUGGCUGGGAGCAAGCCAUGACUCAGGAUGGAGACGUUUACUACAUAAACCAUAAGAACAAGACCACGUCCUGGCUGGACCCAAGGCUUGACCCUCGUUUUGCCAUGAACCAGAAAAUUACUCAGAGCGCUCCAGUGAAGCAGCCGCCGCCCUUGGCUCCCCAGAGCCCACAGGGAGGCGUCCUGGGUGGUGGCAACUCCAGCCAGCAGCAGCAGAUGCAGCUGCAGCAGCUGCAGAUGGAGAAGGAGAGACUGCGGUUGAAGCAGCAAGAAUUACUGCGGCAGGAAUUAGCUCUCCGAAGCCAGCUGCCCACGCUGGAGCCGGACGGAGGAACUCAGAAUGCCAUGUCUUCUCCCGGGAUGUCUCAGGAGCUGAGAACGAUGACGACCAAUAGUUCAGAUCCCUUUCUUAACAGUGGCACCGAUCACUCUAGAGACGAGAGCACGAACAGCGGCCUCAGCAUGAGUAGCUACAGCGUCCCUCAGACCCCGGAUGACUUCCUGAACAGUGUUGAUGAAAUGGAUACAGGUGACACUAUCAACCAAAGCACCCUGCCUUCUCAGCAGAGCCGCUUCCCAGACUACCUUGAAGCCAUCCCUGGGACAAAUGUGGACCUCGGAACACUGGAAGGAGAUGUGAUGAACAUAGAAGGGGAGGAGCUGAUGCUCAGCCUCCAGGAAGCCCUGAGCUCUGACAUCCUCAAUGACAUGGAGUCCGUGCUGGCCGCCACCAAGCUCGAUAAAGAAAGCUUCCUCACAUGGUUAUAGAGUUGCCAGGAAGCCACUCUCCAAGUCUGUGAAGGAUCCACGGAGCCUAAGAUGUGCAAACCUGAAAUUCAGAUAAGCCGGUGGUGUCAAGUCUUUGGCUAAUACAGGAAACCGAUGAACAAAUGUCCAGCAGGGACCUUCCAUCAUCCACUGCUCUGCUCUUCUCCGCCCGUCGCUGCUGUUAAUGUUGCUGCCCUGUUCACAGCCUGCCCUGAAGAAUCAGACACACAAAACAAAAAGCCCCUUUGGUUUCUUUUGCUCUAAUAACUACUAUUCUCUGGGGUUGCUGGAGAAUACCCUGUGUGGGUGAUGGUGUUCUCCCUUUUGCCCAGUGGUGUCCUCACACAUUGUUUUAAAUGAACACUCAGACUGGGGACUGAAAUGCUUCGUGUCAGAGCAUUUGCUCAAGAUAAAAGGUGGUUUCUUCCGUUGCCUUUGGCACUCUGGUCCAACAAGCCAAAAACAUGGCAUCUGAUCUUAAGUACUCAGUGCCAAUCGGGAGAUCUCAAAGACUGGUGGACUUUUUUGAUUUCUUCUCCUGGUGAUGCCAUUAGUCACAUGGUGACCUGGAUUUUAUUUUAGAAGCUUCUAAGGCAUGAGACAGUUUCCAUAGAAAUAUAUUAAUUAUUGCCACAUACUCUAGGCUAGGUUUGAGUGGGUAUUUUUUUGGGUGCUGGUGGCCUUCCUUCCUUUCUUCCUUCCUUCGAUUCCUUCCUUCCUUCGGUGAUUGGUUUUGUUGGAACGUAGGUAAAUUAGUAAAGUUGUUUAUAGCUAUAGCUUGGGUGGGCAGUACUGUUGUGGGGGGCAGGAAAUCUGUAUUUCCUGGCUUUUUACAUCUUAUUUAAAUCUUGGUUAUCUCCUUUCUACAUAUGUACACACACUUAUAAUGUCUAUGGUAGUGGGAUAGCAGAAUGUAUCUUUUUAAAGGUUUCCCUCCUUUCCAGCUUAGUUUUUAAAUGGUAGCCUUGAGCGUACACAUUUAGAAUACAUGACUAGUGGGUUUAUGUUUCACAAAUAGUUUAAAUUCUUGUUGGCAACCUGCAAGUGUUCAAGGUAGGGCCGUUUUAUGGAAAGGGCUCCUGUGGUGGUGGAGCCUAGAGGAGCUCUCUUGUCCUCUACACUAGGAUGGAAGCUGACACGGGCCUCACUUCCCCUGGGACCACUUCCUACGGGGCAGUCACUGAGCAAGAGUGAGCUCAGGAGCAGACCUUCCCUCUGCCGCCUCCUCAGUUUGCGAUGUGAACUCAGGUACUUGAGUUCUCAUUUGUCGUGGUCACAAUUAAGACCGGGUUGAGUGUUACCUACAAGAUCGUUUUUUACAGGACCUGCUCACACUUUUUUGCCAAAUGGACCCUGGCAGAGUGUGCAGGAGGCUGUGAGGUCAUGGGUUGGCUGGUAACGUGAUCAGACAAGUAAGUGUGUGGGGGUAGUUGACCUUAGUGAAGAAAUAGAGAUAAGCAUGAGUAUGUCUUUAUUUUUGCAAGGAGAGAGCUUACUAGAGUAUGUGAUGGCUUCCAAAGAGUAUUUUUUAAAGGAACAAAAUAAGCAUGAAUUAACCUUUCAGUAUAAGCUAUGAUGUGUAGUAGUUGGUUAUGAAUUGUAGUGGCACCAGCUAGCACCUCUGUCACUUAAGGGUCUUUGUAUGCUUUUAGGAGAAUCCCUUAUUUUCAAGGGUUUUUAAUGAGCAGACAAAAAAAAACCCAUCCCCUUUCCCUGGCUAAAGCUGCCGUGGGAAGCCUCAGCUUAGGAAGGUGGAGAUCUGUUGGCGCUUUGAUCUAGUGUAGCACAGGAAGGGAAGUAGGAAAGUUUUAUCCAGUACUUUGAGUGCUCAGAAAAUGCAAUCAGUGUAUUAUAUAUGAUGAUUCAUAGUCAGAACCAGUGUAUUAUACAUUGUGAUUCAUAGUCAUUUGUAGCCAUCGACCCUAAGGCUUCUACUAAGAAACUAGCUGAAGAUUCACCUUUGAGUUAGGUCUGGGGAAAUGGUCACCAGGAGGAUUUAGUUUAGAACAAAAAUGAAAUUGUAUUCUAAAACUCAGUAGUGGGCAGUGAGUGUGCAGACCAUAGGACACUGGUGAGUGCCUACAGUUUGCCAGUAAGCACGGAGUAAGGCUGCAUCCUCUGCGGGCCCGAACUGUAGUGUGCUUGGAGGGUGGGAAGGUGGGCUGGCGAGGUUAGUGGGGCCAUGAUAGAAAAGCUUUCAUGAACUUCUUUCUCUCCAGUAAACACUUAGCCCACAUCUUGCUGUCAGUAAAGAAGUUGUUCCUAAACUUUGAGUCACUUAAGCUUGCCCACGAAGUGAGGUGCGGUUUCCCUCCCUGGGGAUUGUUUGCCUGGUGAUACCUCAGUGUCCAGCAGCUCCUGGUGCCUGACAGCUGUCUGGCCUCACCACACCCUUUGUGCUGACUGCGGGGACCUGAGCACCCUUCCCUUCCCUGAAUCACGGCCUCAAUGUCGUCUUGUGUCCUUGCUGAUGUAAAAGUGUUUAAUGCUUCCUGGAUGUAGUGGGUAGCAUGCGGAUAAAAAUUUAACUGGUUAUCUUGAAUUUCUUUUACAAUAAACCAAUUUUUAUAAUCUU